AUGUUCUCAUUAAGGAGCGUGCCAGCUCGUGGGACUCGAAACAUUCUCUCCGGGCAAUAUUCACGCUUAUCCUCGCGACAAUUCUCCCUCCUGACCCGUACCGCUCAAUCCACAUCCUGCUUCUCCCAACCCUUAACCCCCGUCCAACGCUCCCGCCGGAAAUCCCAAUUCAGGCACACUGUCGUCCAGCGACCGUACUCCGCCAAAUCCGCAGCUGAUUCCCUUAUUGAAGACAUCCAAGACCAGUACGCCGUCGCGCGCGACGAGUUUGAGAUCGCCACUGAGGAGACGGAGAAGCAGACUGUGUAUGCGCAGGCGGAUCGCGAUGCUGCGAGGGAGGAGCUGGAUAAGUUGAAGAGAAUGUAUGAGGAGGCGCUGGGCGGGAGGGAGGGGGAGGAGAUCCAGAAGAGGGUGGGGAAUAGAAUCCGGGAGUUGGACCAUGCGGUGCAGGCGCUAGAACAACUUGCGCAAGAGGGGGAUCACUAG